CCGAAUCCCAAAACAUCCCAACCCUCCGUCCCGCCGCCGGACUCGUCGCAGCGGCUCCGCCUCCUUGCCUCCGCUCAUCGGACCUAUUCUUCUCGAUGAAUCUCUCCCAGAUAUGCUUAGUCAGUCGGACAAUUGGCCGACAUCGUGUUGUUGGUGGAACCAAUUUGAUUCAGUUUUCCUGUGCGAGGGCUACUUUGUUUGCCCUCGUGUUUAGGGUGCACCUGAGCACUGGAAGAGCCCCAUCAUCGUCUCCGCCGCCGCCUCCUACAGAAGCAGCACACCCACCGGCAGCAGCUCUAUCGUCUGCAGAAGUAUUCUCCCCAACCACCAACGACUCCACCAACCCACUCUCUUCUCUCCUCCCUCUCUCCCUCAAUCCCUUCAAUGCCACCGUCGACCUCAUUACCUCCCGACUCAAGCAGCAGCAGCAGCAGCAACAAGUAUAUGAUGAUGAACCGGGCGGAGGAGGAGGAGAAUUACUAGAAGCCCAUCUCCUUCCUUUCCUACGCCCGCAGGAGGUCUCCCGCAUCCUACUCCGCUGCCAAUCCCUCCCCGUCGCCUCCCUCCGUUUCUUCCGAUGGACCCAAUCCCACGUCCUCCCUUCACCCCACAACUUUGCGCUCCUCGCCCACAUUCUCGCCUCCUCUGCCCAUUCCUCUCAGGCCCUCUGCAUCCUCUCGGACUUCGUCCGCACCUACAACCGCGUUGAUGACGCCUUCCAGGCCCUCCUCGCUGCCUCCGCCGCCUGCUGCAAUGGCCACCCUGCCGUCUUCGGUAUGCUGGUCAAGGUGUAUACCAAACUAGGAAGGACCUCGGACGCCCUCGAAACCUUCAGUAGGGCGAUCGAGUUGGGCCUCGCCCCUGAUGCUGAAGCCUUUAAUUGCCUCCUCAACUCUCUUGCCAAGUCCAGAAGCCUUGAUCUGUGCUGGGACUUGUACGGCGAGAUGCGGAGGAUCGGUGUCCCCUUGAACUCGUACACUUUCAACAUACUGAUACACGCCCUGUGCCGUGGCAGCAGCAAAGAGGGCAUCAGGGCUGAGGACUUCUUGGAGAAGAUGGAAUCGGAAGGGUUCGAUCCAGAUGUCAUCACUUACAAUACCCUUAUGGACGCGUACUGCCGAAGGGGCAUGUUGGAAGACGCAUUCCACCUUUACAGGAUCAUGCGUUACAGGGGUGUUGAACCCGAUCUGAUUUCGUACACGAUUCUGAUGAAUGGCCUUUGUAGAAAUGGUAAGGUCAUCCAGGCACGACAGCUGUUCGACACAAUGCUUCACAGAGGCGUCUGCCCAGAUAGCCGUUCGUACAACGUUCUAUUAAAUGGAUACUGCAGGGAAGGCAAACUGAAGGAAUCGAAAUUGCUGGUGCAAGAGAUGAUAUCAGGUGGCUUGAUGCCAGAUGACUUUGCUUGCAGCACGAUUGUUGAAGCACAUAUAAAGGGUGGGAAGCUGCUUCCUUGUUUGAACCUGAUUGCAUUGCUUCACAAAAUAGGGAUCAUUAUCUCUGUUGUUGUCUACAAGUGCCUCAUCAAUGCACUGUGCAUGGAAGGCAGGCCGAGUGCGGCAAGGAGUCUGUUGAAGCGAAUGCAGGUUGAUGGAUAUGAGCCUGACCUAGAGAUCUAUAAUUCACUUAUGGACUCAUUUUGUAAGUGUGAAUCUUUGGAGUCAGAGGCUCUUGCUUUAAAGAAUGAAAUGGUUGGCAAGGGCAUCAGACCUGACAUUGUUACAUAUCAAAUUCUCAUCAAAUGCCUAUGCAGUUCUGGCAAAACUUUUGAGGGUGAGAGCUUGAUGAAGGAAAUGAUCGAGUGGGAUAUUCAGCCUGACCCUGGCAUAUGUGCUGCCUUGGUUGGUGGCUGCUGUGAGAAAAGGGAUCUUGCUAAAGCAGAAUCACUUCUGGUGUACUUUGCUGAAAAGUUUCAGAUAUAUGAGAACAACGGCUACAAUUCCCUGAUCCGGUUAUACUGUUAUGAGAGAGAGAUGUCUGAGACAAUCGAACUGCAGGAUAGGUUGCAGAAGCUAGGAUACAUUUCAAAUGGUGAAACAUGCAGAAGUUUGAUACAUGGACUGUCGAGAAGUAGGAACCAUCAUGGCAGUAUAUCAUCUUGACGCAAAAAUAUAAAGGUCCACAUGAAUUUCACCUGCCGGCUUUGGUGGAGAAGAUGAGUGACUGAUGCACCUGUUUUGGGGGUGGAAUGGACUAUUUCCAUCCAUCAUAAGAUCAGAACUUGGCAUGUUUCUUCAUCCUUUUAAAUCAGAUUGCUGAUGAUGAAGGCACAGACCAGAACACUGCCUGUGGAGAAUCUUGAAAGUAGUAAAGGACUUGGAGAUGUCGCUAAUGUUCAGAGUGAUGGAGUGAGCGAAACACUUGGCAAUUCAAUUUAUUAUUGAUAAGGAUCGGAACCCCUCGUCCAUGGUAAAUCGACGGAUGACCGUAAGCAGUAUGAUGAAAUAGAAUGUGUCAUUAUACAGUAUAAAAAAUCAGCGGUCGUCACCAUUGAGCUCAAGAUUCAACGUUGUUGUUUAUUAGCAUCAGAACUUUGUGAGAUAUGGCGUGCACAAUGCUGGAAUACCGACAUUAAGAUGAUGGUGUGGUACACAGCUCCAUUCACAAGCUUAAGGUAUCACAAAGCCAUCGACGACGAUACGACCCUCCGAAACGAGGCUUGCUUCAAAAUGAGAGGAAACCAGGGAGCCACAUGACACGGGAUUCACAGGUAUCCCAUGCGUGAACGUACGCGUCGAGCCCGUCCGAGUCACGGGCCACCGAAUUGCCGCUGCUCGGCUCUCUUACUCUUCCCCUUCCACUUCUACCUGCCCUUUUAUUGGGCGAAGCAAUUUCUGGGCCCCACCUCGGGACCCAGAUGUGUCCGAGAAAUUGCUGUCUCUUCGGGAAUAUAGGGUUCCUUUUCCUCUCUUUCUCUCUCCUUGGCGCCGUCUCCGCCCAAGCCAAGUCCAACGAAGA